ACAGGGUGGUCAGGAAUGCUCUAAGCAAGGAUUCAGAAAGCAGAGGUAAGUCCUCAGGUUAGGCAGGGAAUCCUACUCUCUGGGGGGAGGCCUCUAUCUGGGCAUCGAGAGGAUAAACGAGGAUGAGGUGGGACUAAGUGGUGGGUCUUCCUGCUGAGCCAGGCCAUGCUGAAUGCAGUGCUGCUGAGCUGUGCCCUGCUGCUGGCAUUGCCCGCCAUACAGGGGGCCCAGAUGGGCUUGGCCCCCCUGGAGGGCAUCAGAAGGCCUGACCAGGCCCUGUUCCCAGAGCUCCCAGGCCUGGGCCUGUGGGCCCAGCUGAAGAAGACAACCGCAGAACAAGCAGAAGAGGCUCUGCUGCAGGAGGCAGAGGCCGAAGCUGAGGCCCUGGCAGAGGUGCUAGACCCGCAGGACCGCGAGCCCCGCUCCCCGCGUCGCUGCGUGAGGCUGCAUGAGUCCUGUCUGGGACAGCAAGUACCUUGCUGUGACCCGUGCGCCACGUGCUACUGCCGCUUCUUCAACGCCUUCUGCUACUGUCGCAAGCUGGGUACGGCCAUGAACCCCUGCAGCCGCACCUAGGUGGCCACUGUCGGGGUCGGGGAAGGGGGAUGUGAAUAAAGGAUGGGACCAAC